AGCUGUUCAAUUUCCAGAAACAGAAUGUUGCGCAUAAUUUUAACCUUAUUCUGCGCACCACGGAUCAACGGAAUUCUGCAAGAUGCAGCACCUGACUAUCAGAUUACUCCAUUAAAGAACAAUAUCGGCCUGCACUUUGAGAAACUCCAUGACAUGCGCAUUUAUCAUGUGGAAUGGAAUCUAGUCACCUCGCUAGAAAUCGGUGCAUUCCUAAAACACCGUCCACGCUUAGAGGAACACAAACUUGAAGCAAAUAAACAAUGCUUAUCUAUGCAAUUUACGACAUGUGAGGCCCGCGAAGAAAUAACCCACCUAAUGGCCAGACUCACUGACUCUCGUAAGGAUGAAGAUCUCUUGCAAGGCAUUGUUGGAGAAAUCAAAGAAGAAGGAAACCGCCGGAAGCGCGGUGCACCACUCGGAUUCAUAGGCACUAUAAGUCAAGCUCUUUUUGGAACCCUCACAGAGGCCGACGCCGAGUACUACAAUAUCGAAUUAGAUAAACUACACAAGGACCAAAAUCAUCUAUCGGAACUGCUGGCAAACCAGACCCAUGUAGUCCGAUCAGAAUUCCAAAAUAUACAUCAGCACCUUCAGAAUCUCACGAUACUGGCCAAUAGAAACAAAGCCGCCACUGAACUACUUGCCACGGAACUCAGCAAGCAACAAAACGCCAUGAAGGAACAAGCCUACGAAAUAUCAUCUUUAAAGUGGCUACGUAGCCUGGAAAGGAGUGUCAACGAAUACCAAACAGGCCUAGAAUUGCUCACCAACGCAGUGAUAUUUGCUAAAUAAGGAAUAAUUCAUCCCGCCGUACUACCACCACGACAGCUAGUUGCCGCCGCAAACAAGAUUCGGCAAAAUACCCAGUACGAGUUCCCU